AUGCGACUCCACCGGGCCAAGCAGUACCGGCGCUUGGCGCUGAUUCUGCACCCAGACAAGAACAGACAUCCAGAUGCCGAGGCAGCCUUCAAGAAGCUAACUGCGGCUUUCGAGAAACUCCACGACCCUGCCCAGCAAGCCUUGUGUAGGGCGGAGGCGGAGCAAAGAAACCGCGGCAGACCUCGAAAACACCGAGGGGACUCGAGCUCUGGCGGUCGGCCUAGCGAGAGCAGGCAUGAGUACGGCGGAGGGGAAACUUCCAGCGCGCGUUCUGGAGGAAACGGGCCGGCAGAGGCACCUCGGUGGUGUCGGGAGGGCGAGUACGUGCCAGAAGCAGAGCGAAAACGAGAAGAGGGGCCGGACACGGGAAAGACACGACCAAUGGACGAGUUCUUGGAGGAGUUCGAGCAACGAGAGAAAGCCUUCAAGGAGGAAGUGGCCCGAGCCAAAGAAACCAACGCCGAGAGGAAGCGUGUUCGGGCGGAGGCUCGCUCAGUGCAGGAGCAAGAACGGAUGAACCGCCUGCGCGACGACGUUCUAGGGAGCGACGGGAGCGAGGUGGAAGCCAAGACCGCAAGCUGGCUAAAAUUCAACUCCACGACAACGCCGAAGCGUAGAGGGGGGGGGGGCACAGCAGGCCGGCGAGAAAAGGCCAAGAGGAAAAACAGCAAGGGCGUGUGUUCGCCGGUGGCAACCUGCAGCCAGAGGCAAGCCUACGGGGCUGAAGGCUCAGGAAGUGGCGUCGAAGGGAGGGAGGGUGAUGUGGGUGAUUUGAAGAAGGGGGGUGGUGCCGACGCAGCAGCUGGCCGAUCGGGUGACUCAAGCGUGGCGGGAGAAAAAGCGGCAGGGUCGGGGUUUGCGUGUUGGGUCUGUCGCAGGGGAUUCAAGUCAGCCAAGGGGUUGGCGCAACACGAGGCCAAGUCCGAGCUGCACGCGAUUAACGUCCAGCUCCGGGAGUUCCUUUCCCCGUGA